CUAUCUGUUAGGUUCUUCAUCCUUGUAGUGGAAGCAAGGAGGAAGAAAGGUGCAUAUCUUUUCUUAAGCAUUUGUGCUCUCUUCUACCAGAAUCAUUCAGAAUGCAUCCGGGGUGUAUAUUUCUGGUGAUUGUACUCAUUUCUCAGAUUAAAGAAAAGAUAAUCCUUGGAGUAGAGGGUCAAGAACGGGUUCGUCCCAAAAGGCUUCCGCUGGUACAGAAGCGAGAUGUUGUACCAGAACACACCCAUGAUGAUGACAUACCGGAAGCAUAUGAGGAAGAAUUGUGGUAUGAAAUAAAACUAAACAGAAAAACCUUAAUACUUCAUCUUCUACGAUCCAGGGAGUUCCUGGCCUCAAAUUACAGUGAAACAUACUACUACAUAAAUGGAGAAAUGCUCACCAGGCAUCCUCAGAUCAUGGAUCAUUGUUUUUACCAAGGAUUCAUUAUACAUGAAGACGAUUCAGCUGUCAGUAUCAGUACGUGUAAUGGUCUUAGAGGAUUCUUCAGAAUAUCUGAGCAAAGAUAUCUCAUUGAACCGAUGAAAUACUCAGAUGAGGGAGACCAUUUUGUGUUCAAAUAUAACCCAAGGGUGCCGUAUGCUGCCAAUUAUUCUUGUGCAGAGCUUAAUUUUACCAGGAAAACUGCCCCAGGGGAUACUAAAUCAAAGGAAGACCUCGAAAUGAAAAGCAUCCACGAAGAAAAGUAUGUUGAACUGUUCAUUGUUGCAGAUGAUAAUGUGCACCGUAGGAAUAGUCAUCCUCACGAUAAACUAAGGAACCGAAUUUGGGGAAUGGUCAAUUUUGUCAACAUGAUUUAUAAAACCUUGAACAUCCAGGUGACAUUGGUUGGCCUUGAAAUAUGGACAAAUGGAGAUAAAAUAGAACAGCAUUCAAAUAUAGAAACCACCUUAUUGCGUUUUGCAGCUUGGCAAGAAAUGAUCCUUAAAAUGAGGAAGAACUUUGAUCAUGCUAUUUUACUCAGUGGAAAGUGGCUGUAUGCACAUUCGCAAGGAAUGUCUUAUCCAGCGGGUAUGUGCUUGCCCUACUAUUCUUCCAGUGUCAUUAAGGAUCUUUUACCUGACAUAAAUAUAGUUGCAAAUGGAAUGGCACACCAGUUGGGGCAUAACCUUGGGAUGCAGCAUGACAACUUCCCAUGCACCUGCCCUUUGGGAAAAUGCGUGAUGGAUAGUGGUGGAAGCAUUCCUGCACUCAAAUUCAGCAAAUGCAGUCAAACCCAAUACAAGCAAUACCUGGAGAACUAUGAGCCAAUGUGUAUGUUCAAUAUUCCAUUUCCUGACAAAUUCAAUGAUUUCCAAUAUUGUGGAAACAAGAAUUUGGAUGAGGGAGAAGAGUGUGACUGUGGCCUUCUUCAGGAGUGCACUAAUCCAUGCUGUGAUGCACAUAGAUGUGUACUCAAGCCAGGAUUUACUUGUGCAGAAGGAGAAUGCUGUGAAUCAUGUCAGAUAAAAAAAGCAGGGUCUAUAUGCAGACUAGCAACAGAUGAAUGUGAUUUUCCUGAAGUGUGUACUGGCCAUUCCGCGGCAUGUCCUAAGGAUCGAUUUCAAGUCAAUGGAUUUCCUUGCAAGAAUGCACAAGGCUACUGCUUCAUGGGGAAAUGUCCCACCCGGGAUGAUCAGUGCUCUGAAUUUUUUGAUGAUGAAGCAAAAGAAAGUCAUGAUAUCUGCUACAAGAUGAAUAAAAAAGGAAAUAAAUUUGGAUACUGUAAAAACAAGGAAAACAGAUUCAUUCCCUGUGAAGAAAAAAAUAUCAGAUGCGGAAAGAUAUACUGCACUGGGGGACAGCAGUCAUCUUUCCUUGGAGAAGGCAAAACCUACCAUCUUAAGGAUUCAGAGCAGAACAUCACCGUCCAAUGCAAAACCAUUUUUUUAAACCACAAUUCUCAAGAUGUUGGCCUGGUUGCUACUGGAACAAAAUGUGGAGAUGGAAUGGUGUGCAGCAAUGGUGAAUGUCUAAACAUGGAAAACGUCUACAACUCAACCAAUUGCCCCUCUCAGUGCAGUGAAAAUGAUGUGGAUAAUCAUAAACUCCACUGCCAGUGUGAGGAAGACCAGGCCCCUGCAAUCUGGAAAGAAGCCUUAAAUGUCACUAAUGUUGUCUUCUUGGUUGUUAUACUUGUCCUGAUUGCUAUUGGUAUUGGAGUUGCAACAUUGUUAAUUCGCUACCAAAAAUGUAUUAAGUUGAAGCAAGUUCAGAGUUCACCUAGAGAAACACUGGGAGUAGAGAAUAAAGGAUACUUUGGUGAUGAACAGCAGACAAGGACUGAGCCAAUCUUGCCAGAUAUUCAUCCUCUACAUCAGAGAACUGCAGAGUCCUUGGAGAGCCCGCCAACCAGUUUUUCAAGUCCCCAUUACAUCACACUGAAACCAGCAAGCAAAGAUCCAAGAGGAAUCGCAGAUCAUGGUCAAAGUGCCAAAAUG